GCGGCGGUGGAUCUCUUGGGCUCUCCCCGAGAAGGCCCGGGGGUCAGCCCCCUGCGGGCCGCAGAAGCCUCUGGACCAGUCGCCCUCGCAGACCGGUGCUCAGCGGUGGAGCCCUUAGUGGUCUCUGAGCUGGGCGGUUUGUUUCAUUCCCCAACUCGAUUUCCAUCAAUGAAGACCUUUGCCCAGGUGGCUGAAGCCGGGGUCUCCAGCCCUCGAUUCAUGACCCUCUGCUCAUGGCUGGUUUCAGAGCUCCGAACUCUUUGUCAGCUAGAGGAGGAUGUCAGCCCCACGCAGGGACCUGAGGAUGCCGAGACCUUUCAGAUUGAAAUAAGUGGCCUACUCAGUGAGUUGCAUUGCCCGUAUCCUUCACUGACCACGGGGGACGUAUUGGCUAGACUCAGCACCCAAGACAACUGCCUCCAGCUUCUGUAUUUCUUGAGCUCAGAGCUCCUCGCAGCCCGGCUCCAGGCCUGGAAAAAGCCCCCGUCAGCAAAGGAAGCCAACAAAAAUAGCGAAGCGGUGCAAGAGCUCCACCGUAUCUGCCAUGCCUUGGGGAUGCCUGAGCCAGAUCCAGCUUCCUCCUUGGGUCAGGUGAUGGAUGACAUUGGAGCCCAGAUUUCAGAGGUGCUCUCCGCACAUCCCCCUGAGCACCAGCGGAUGGCACCGCUCCUGAAGGCCCCCCUGACAUCUGAGCAAUGGAAAGCGCUGGAGGAUAUUCACGAAGUGCUGCGGGCGGAAUACCAGUGUCGGAAACAUGUGAUGCUCACCCGUUUCGAUGUCACCGUUGCGUCCUUCCAUUGGUCUGAGAGGGCAAAGGACCGGAGCGCAGCCAUGUCAGAAGCCUUCCAACCCUUACGGCAAUCUUUGCCGGAAGAUUCCCAGAUCUCCCUUGCCCACCUGCUGGCUGCCAGGGACGACUUUUCUCGUAUCGUUAAGACCAGCAGCGGUUCCUUGCGGAGCAAGACCAGUUGUGCUGUCAACAAGGUGUUGAUGACAGGCAGCGUCCCAGACCGGGGAGGGCGUCCCAACGAAAUUGAGCCCCCCAUGCCCACCUGGGAGAAGAGGAGAGAGGGAGGUGGCGGUGGCCAGCGCUGGAGUAAACGGGGCAAGAAGAAGAAGAAAUGAGAGUGCUUCCGCAGGCUGCAGUGGGGUGGUGCGGCCAGAAGUGGAGAAGAGGGGAGCAACGGGUUCUUGCUGAAAACGUCAAGCGCUCAAUCUUGCCUUUCUCCAACAGACGGAGGCAAGGCGGCUUUAAAUAAGGAUGUGGUUCUUUAGACCAGAUGUGCUGUAAGUCAGCUCCCCUAAUCCAAAGAUCAUCCUGGCUGGGGGUUUAGGGAAAGCACAGUUCCAAACAUACCUGGAGGGCACCAGGUUGGGGAAGGCUGGCUACCUGCCCUACCAGCUGGGUUGCUUUAAAGGUUAGGAAGUGCUUGAUAUUUGUUGGCUGCUCAGAAUCAAAAUCAGUGUAUGUUGUAUUUGGACGUCCUCCCACCCCCAAAGUAAAAGUCCCCCUAAAUGUCAUGGAAAUGGAAUGGGUGCAUUCCAGGGGAGUAAGGAUAAGACCAAUGUCUAAAUUUUUCCUGAGAAUUUUCUUGUAAAGAAAUUGAAGAUUCCAAGUUGGGUAUCAGUUAAUUUGGAAUCAGGAAUGCGUAAGAUAUUGCCUGUGCCACAAAUCCCGUUUGGCCCACUCUAAGGGGGCAGUAUUGGAGGGAAAGGCGCCUCUUCCCUCCUGGUUGACCACUGUGUCUUCUUGAACCUGAUGUUUUUUGGAGGUGUAGGACUAAAGCUCCUUUAAUCUCCUGUCAACACAUCUGCCAGCUUCUGUGGCUGGAAAUAAAGGAAUUGUGGUCUGUAUACAUCUGGGAGGCCCAAGGUGGUCAUACGCGAUGAUGGCCCGGUGGCCUUUGGUAUUAAAGAGGGGGUUGUCAGAUUUUGCUUGCAGGGUGGGGCCAGUAAGCACACUUGAAAUGUAGCACUCUGGGAUCAAUGUAGCACCACUCCUAUCUCUGCUAUUAAAUUUUCUCACAUAAGUCAAACUCUUACGUGAAGAUCGAGUUCAAAAUAAAACUUUAUUUUUCUG